AUGGCAGAAACCGGGGAAAUCAAACCAGGAAAUGGCUGGCCGGCCAAGGAUAUUGUUUAUUUGGCCAUCGUUGGCCCAUUGAUGCUGGCUGCCGCUUUUGAAUGGAUACUCUGGCUUGCCGCCUUUCUUUAUUGUCUGAUCAAAGUGUAUCUCAAAGCAGAUCACUGGACUGUAAAGACUCUUGCAGCAGUGAUGAUUGUGCUUUUCACGUUGUUUCGGCUGGCAUUUCUUCCUGUCAUGGUGGUUACGCUGCCACUGCCACCGCAUAUCACCAAAUAUUUUCCUCCUCGAAUGGCAACUGUAUUCCAGUGGUUCGCUUUCUGGUCCUUCUCCCUUCUUCUUGUCGGCCCGUGGCUGUUCUGCAUUUACGGACUCGUCACCAACCACGUUGGAAGGAAAAGGAGAAUCAAGGAGGCCUUAGAUGAACGGAAUGCUCCGAAAACCGUGGUGGUGAUGCCCGUCUACAAAGAAGACCCCGAGGUCCUGAUUAAGGCCGUUGAUUCCGUGGUUGAAAGUGACUACCCCUCAUCUUGCAUCCAUGUGUUCCUUUCUUGGGACGGUGGUGCGGUGGACGAGACCUACCUCCGAGUCCUUCGUCAUCUUGGGAUUCCAAUAUCCCUGAAAAGCUAUCCUCAGAGUAUCGACGUUGUCUACAAAGGUGCACGAAUCACGAUCUCCUGCUUCAAACAUGGAGGAAAGCGAAAUUGCCAAAAACAGACCUUCAAGCUCAUCGACAAGGUAUAUGCCGAAUAUUUGAAGCGGCAUGACGAUAUAUUUGUCUUGUUCAUUGACUCGGACUGCAUUCUUGAUCAAUACUGUCUGCAGAAUUUCAUGUACGAUAUGGAACUGAAACCUGGAAGCAAGCAUAACAUGUUGGCCAUGACAGGGAUCAUUACCUCCACAACGGAAAAGAAUUCUCUCCUCACAAUUCUUCAGGACAUUGAAUAUAUCCACGGGCAACUCUUCGAGCGAUCGGUCGAGUCUGGGUGUGGUGCGGUGACAUGUCUCCCGGGAGCACUGACAAUGCUACGAUUCUCGGCGUUCCGAAAGAUGGCCAAAUACUAUUUUGCGGACAAGGCAGAGCAGUGCGACGAUCUAUUUGAUUAUGGGAAGUGCCAUCUAGGAGAGGAUCGGUGGCUUACCCAUCUCUUCAUGAUUGGGGCGAAGAAGCCAUAUCAGAUCCAGAUGUGCACCGGAGCCUUUUGCAAAACCGAGGCGGUACGGACCUUCAAGUGUCUCUUGAAGCAACGCCGCCGAUGGUUCCUGGGCUUCAUCACCAAUGAAGUCUGCAUGCUUACAGAUGUGCGACUCUGGGCGCGAUAUCCAAUGCUCUGUACGGUGCGGUUUCUGCAGAAUACCAUUCGUUCAACUGCCCUUCUGUUCUUCAUCAUGGCCAUCGCUCUCAUCACAACAUCCGUCAAAGUGGAAGAUCUCCCAGUCGGGUUCAUUGGGGUCUCGCUGGGGCUGAACUAUUUGCUGAUGUUCUACUUUGGGUUGCAGCUGAAACGCUUCAAGGCUUGGCUGUACCCGCUGAUGUUUGUCGUGAACCCUUUCUUCAACUGGCUCUACAUGGUGUAUGGCAUUUUCACAGCCGGGCAACGCACUUGGGGCGGACCGCGGGCUGAUGCAGCUGCGGCGGAUAUAAAUACUACGCCAUCAGAGGCAGCGGCAUUGGCACGAGCCAAGGGGGACGAGUUGAACGUCGAUGUCGACACCUUCCGUGCCGGGCCUGUACGCCGGAGAUCAGUUCCAGUUCGACCCUCUGAGAAAGUCGAAGGACGAUUUGCUCCCGCCGAGCAGGUGCUCGACGGCUGUUAUAUUAGCACUCGCGAGCCAAGGUCAGGGCCGGUUCUGCCUCAGCUGGAGAUCCCUCUGCCUCAAGUUCCUCGCAUCCAUAUCCCGGGCCAGUUCCGCUAUUCAUCGGACUCUCUGUUCAGCGGGUCUUCAGACCGCGAUUCUAACAAUAUUUCUCUGCCACACGAUGUGGAGAGCUUGAUGAACGAAGAAGACCAGCGAAAGCUCUACCAUGCCCGCCGGGCUGGGGAUUCCACUGGGAUGUCGAUCCUCGAAGACAGGUCCAGCUCUGAUGAAAUGUGGUCUGUUGUACACGAGCCCCCUGGGGCAGUCAUUGAGGCCCCUGAAAUCAAAGCUGCAAUGGCACAACCUGGUCUCCAAGAGUCCGUCUCCACCAAUCGUGUCUCCUUGCAAUCUAUGGACAUGCAUGAGCCACGAGGGAAGGCUGCAAGGGCAUCUCGGCGAGGGGCUCGGAUUUCCGAUUUCUCCGGUGAGAUUGUGUGA